AUGUCGUCUGAAGCCUUCAAUCCCAACCCUACUAUCAUCAAGCCACCCAGGCAGCUCACCCGGAGAUCGUUCACUGGUAAGGGAUCAUUAUGGGUUGCGGAGGAGGUCGACGACCCUACACUUGAUCCUUCUGGGGAUAUCGAGCUGAUUGACGGCGACGAAGUAUACGAUCUUAUCCGUUCGAUUAGCGACCCAGAACAUCGCUCGAUGUCUCUGGAAGAGCUUGCUGUGGUCUCUGCCCCUCAGAUCGCUGUCUCAAAUGAUCGGAAUCAUGUUAUGGUCGAAUUUACCCCGACUGUUCCCCACUGUGGGAUGUCGACACUAAUUGGGCUGUCAAUACGCGUCCGGCUCUUGCGUAGUCUGCCGAAUCGCUUCAAGGUGGACAUCAAGGUGAAACCAGGGUCGCACCAAAGUGAACAUGCAGUGAAUAAGCAACUAAACGACAAGGAGAGGGUCGCAGCUGCCCUUGAAAAUCCUGCCCUUAUUGAGGUUCUUGAAACAUGUUUGGAGGCAGCGGGUAGGCGCGGUCAGUCUCUAGAGUCUGACUGA